AUGGCGGUGGGGGGGGCAGGGGAAGGACCAGACAUGAAUGAACCAACUGGCAGAAGAGAUGACACCUCACUGCAGGGCAUGGUGACUACCACCACAGCUGUAAGAGAAGUAGAAGAAGGAGAAGAAGAUGUGGCAAUGAGAGCAGUGCUCCCGCGGCUCAGUGAUGCUGCUGUCUCUGCCUUCAACCUGGCUUUCUUGAUAGUCACAGAGACUGCUGCCACACCAUGA